UCCCAUUCUGCACAAAACCCGCAAGCCAACACAAACAGCUCUCUCUGGUCGGUAUUUAGGUCCAGCGUUCUCAUCCUACGAUGAGAUCGCUGCUCGUUGUAGUUCUUCCCCUCCUGAUUCUUGUGCUUGCUGCCCACGUAUCCCAAGCUGAUGACAAGGGCUCUGCGGGCGGAAAUGGGAAGGGCUCCCAUGGCGGUGGUGACCAUAAAUCAAAUGGUGUAGGGCCAGUGAAAAAUCCACAUUGCCCCAAGCCAGGACGUGGUCCGAAUCCCCACGACAAAGAUGGUCCAAGCAAUCAAGGUCGAGGACCACCAAACGAGGACUGCGACGAUGCAGAGACAACACCGUCAUCGCCUGAUGGAGCUGGGCCUUCCCCAGACCAAGGUAAUGGUACCCCAUCGCCACCGGCAUCCCCGUCUUAUUCUCCACCCAUGGCUCCAACCGACCAGAGUAAUACUCAGCCACCUCCAUCCCCAUUAGAUUCUAGUCCUACUACACCACCUCCCUACGAACCUAGCGCUCAAUCACCUCCACCGUCAUCAUCAUCUAGUCCUCCACCACAAGCUCCAGCCACCCCACAAACACCUCCUUCUAGCCCCGCUGUUACACCUCCAACCUACGAACCUAACGAUCAGCCGCCACCACCUUCAUUCAAUCCUCCAUCCAGUCCACCUGCAGCACCUUCGGCGGACCCGACUAAUGAGCAGCCCCCACCAUCACCCUCAUCUAGCCCUUCACCAGUAGCUCCUGCUACACCACCUCCCUACCAGCCUAGCCCUCAAUCCCCUCCACCGCUAUUAUCAUCUAGCCCCCCACCACAAGCUCCGCAAACACCUCCAUCUAGUCCCCCUGUUACACCUCCAACAUACGGACCUAACGACCAACCGCCACCACCUCUGUUGAAUCCUCCAUCCAUUAACCAACCACCUCCAUCUAGCCCACCCACAACACCUCCGGUGGACCCGACUAAUGAGCAGCCUCCACCGUCGCCGUCAUCUAGCCCCCCACCAAUAGAUCCCAGUACACCUCCACCAUACCAACCUAGUGACCAAUCCCCUCCACCACCAUCAUCAUCUAGCCCCUCACCGUUGCCUCCAGCCACCCCACAAACACCUCCAUUUAGUCCUGCUAUUGCACCCCCUAGCUACGAACCAAACGAUCAACCGCCACCACCACAAUUGAAUCCUCCAUCCAUUCCCCCACCACCACCAUCUAGCCCACCCGCAACACCUCCAAUGGCCCCGACUGAUGAGCAGCCUCCUCCACCGUCUCCACCAUUUAGUCCCCCACCAAUAGAUCAUACCACACCUCCACCCUACCAACCUAGCGAUCAAUCUCCUCCACCGCCAUCAUCAUUUAGCCCCCCACCGCUACCUCCAGCCACCCCACAAACACCUCCAUCCAGUCCUUCUAUUGCACCUCCAAGCUACGAACCAACCGAUCAACCGCCACCGCCGCCAUUCAAUCCUCCAUCCAUUCCCCCACCACCACCAUCUAGCCCACCCGCAACACCUCCAAUGGCCCCGAUUGAUGAGCAGCCUCCUCCACCAUCACCAUCAUUUAGUUCCCCACCAAUAGAUCCUACUACACCUCCACAUUACCAACCUAGCGAUCAAUCCCCUCCACCGCCAUCAUCAUCUAGCCCUCCACCGCUAGCUCCAGCCACCCCACAAACACCUUCAUCUAGCCCCCCUAACAAUCAACCACCACCACCUCCAUUGAAUCCUCCAUGUUCUCCCCCACCACCUCCAACUAGCCCACUUGCAGCACCUCCGGUAGACCCAACUAAUGAGGUGCCUCCUCCACCCUUGUCGUCAUCUAGCCCCCCACCGGUAGCUCCUACUACACCUCCAUCCUACCAGCCUAGCGAUCAAUCCCCUCCACCGCCAUCAUCAUCUAGCCCCCCACCACUAGCACCAGCCACCCCACAAGCACCUCCAUCCAAUCCCCCUGUUACACCUCCAACCUAUGAACCUAAUGAUCAACCGCUACCGUCACCACCGAACCCUCCAUCCAUUCCCUCACCGCCUCCAUCUAGCCCACCCACAACACCUCCAAUGGCCCCAACUAAUGAGCAGCCUCCACCAUCACCGCCAUUUAGCCCCCCACCAAUAGCUCCAGCUACACCACAAACACCUCCAUCUAGUCCCCCUCAUGCACCUCCAACCAAUGAACCUAACAAUCAACCGCCGCCGCCACCAUUGAAUCCUCCAUCCAUUCCCCCACCGCCUGCAUCUAACCCACCGGCGACACCUCCAAACGCCCCGACUAAUGAGCAGCCUCCUCCACAAUCACCGUUAUUUAGCCCCCCACCAAUAGCUCCAGCCACCCCACAAUCACCUCCAACUAGUCCCCUUGUUCCACCUCCAACAUACGAACCUAACCAUCAGUCGCCACCGCCAUCCUUGAACCCCCCAUCCAUUCCUCCACCACCUCCAUCUAGCCCACCCGCAACACCUCCAAUGGCCCCGACUAAUGAGCAACCUCCUCCACCAUCACCAUCAUUUAGCCCCUCACCAAUAGCUCCUACCACUCCUCCAUCCUACCAACCUAGCGAUCAAUCUCCUCCACCGCCGCCAUCAUCUAGCCCUCCACCACUAGCUCCAUCCACCCCACAAACACCUCCAUUUAGCCCCCCUAUUACACCUCCAACAUACGAACCUAACAAUCAACCACCACCGCCUCCAUUGAAUCCUCCAUCCAUUUCCCCACCACCUCCAUCUAGCCCACCUGCAACACCUCCAAUGCCCCCUACUACUGAGCAACCUCCGCCACCAUCGCCAGCAUCACCAUUAAGUCCACCUGCCACACCUCCAACGUACCAAGUUAACCAACCACCACCACCUAGUCCCUCGGCAACAAUGUCACCACCUGGCCCCCCUACUGGUACUAAUGGAUGGGUGCAAGUUCACAACUUCCGUGACACCUUAUAUUGGCAAAUCGCGCGCUUUGCGGUGUUAAUUUACAAGUUGGCACACAAGACGGAGAUGACCCUUGUCGAUGUGUUGUAUGUGAGCAUGCAACCUUCUGGAAAAGGCAACAACUACUUUCUUGAGAUAAAAGUUGCAGAUAAAAAUAACAAGGUUGGCAAGUAUCAAGUCCUCGUAUGGGGUGUACCUGGGUCAACAGCUCAACCAUGGCAACUACUGUCGUUUAAAUUAAUAGGAUACUAAGCACAUGGUAAAAAGAACAAUCUAGCUAGUGGCAAUGUGUGGUGUUUCUAGGGAAGAGAUAUAGAGAUUUUUGUGGUCAAGGUGUGCCUGCAUCUCUGUAGAUUAGUUAAUCUUUGUAGCACUUAGGGGCUUGAUAUACCAAUAUAUGAUUCUGAUUUCAAUGAUAAAUUUUUGUUGUGUUCUUAUUCAAAAUUGCCUCAAAUUUAUGAAAUAUGGUUGGA